CCGCAGGCGCAGCCGAUCAUCAAUCCGGAGCUGCCGGCGGCCAACAUGACCAACAGCACGGGCGGGGUGGGGUGCGAGCCGGGCUACAACUACUUCUUCCCCGCGGAGCACACCAAGCUGCACGUGCUGCGCAGCCCGGACUCGCCGCCGUGGCAGCUGCCCGCGCACACGUCGAUCCCGUUCUACGCCGUGCACGCGCCCGUGUCGACGACGCUGGCCGAGCUGCUCGAGGGCCUGGGCGCCACCAACAGGGUGCCCAAGAAGAACCGCGUCGCCGAGGUCGUGCAGGGCGGGAACGGGAAGUGGUAUAAGGGGGUGUCGUUUGGUGAGGAUAGCGCCAAGGAUAUGAAGAGGACGCUCAAGGAGGUGGGCUGGGAUAAGUCGCGCACUGGGUUGCCUGGGCAGAAGCCGGUUGUUUACCUUUACGUUACAAGUGACUGAUGGGUAGGCUUGAAUCGGUGCGGUAGGGAUCUUGGUGUGGGGGUGUUGGUGACUUGGUGGUAACGGGGGACAAUAUCGAGAAUAGCAUGGAACAUUGGGACAUGACUGAGGGCAGGGAUGCAAAAAAAAACAGAUUGCUUACAUGGGUAGGUACUCAGGUGAAGACGUAUCACGAUGAGUAAAUAGUUCAAACACCGAAUCAAACACCGAUGGGU